CAGCCUGUGGAGUCAGGGGCUCCCUCGCGGUUGCAUGGGUCGGGGUUCCCAGGGAACACCCCCAGGAGAUUACUGAGUGAGCGUGAGGAACGUCUCCAAGGACUGCCCCAGCAGACCCAGUGUGGGUCUGGGCGCUGGAGAGGAAGAUGAGGGAGAUCUGCCGGAUUUGUGCCCGGGAGCUCUACGGCAACCAGAGACGCUGGAUUUUCCACACAGCCACCAAGCUCAACUUGCAGGUGCUGCUCUCCCACGUCCUGGGCAAGGAGCUCUGCCGAGAUGGCAAACCCGAGUUUGCCUGCAGCAAGUGUGCGUUCAUGCUGGACCGCAUCUACCGCUUCGACACGGUCAUCGCGCGCAUCGAAGCCCUCUCCAUCGAGCGCUUGCAGAAACUGCUGCAGGAGAAAGAUCGCCUCAAGUUCUGCAUUGCCAGCAUGUAUCGGAGGAAUAACGAGGACUCUGGCCCUGAGGACAGAGUUGGUGGGGAUGCCACCGUGGACAUAUCUGGCCUGCCUGAUCUCAGAUACACGGCCCUCCUUCAGGAGGACUUUGCCUAUUCUGGAUUGGAAUGCUGGACAGAACAUGAGGAGCAGUCCCCCGAACCGCCCAGCUGGCACGCUUCGGAGGGUGCGGGGAGCCGCCCACGGCGGUGCCACGGCUGUGCUGUGCUGCGUGUUGCAGAUGCCGACUAUGAAGCAAUUUGCAAAGUCCCACGAAAGGUGGCCAGGAGUAUCUCCUGUGGGCCCUCCACCAGGUGGUCAGCUAGCAUAUGCAAUGAGGACUCCUCCGUCUGUGAACCUGGAGCUGCUGACUUGGCUAGUGCCCAGGUGCCUGUGGAAGAAGAAAGCAUGGAGGAGGGGACUCCUGGGUCCUCAGUUGAGUCCUUGGACACGACAGUGGAGGUCAGCCCUCCGCGACAGAAGGAUGAGGAAGCCGACCAAGGCGUGAAAGGGGGUGGGAAGUGGGAUGUUUGCUCAGAUGGCGGCACCACUCCAAACUCCUCCUUGAGUGGGAAUAGGCUGGAGCUAGCCCUCCGCCUGAUCAAAGCUUUUGACUACAAGCCUGUUCAGAGUCCCAGAGGGAGCAGAUUACCUAUUCUGGUCAAGUCCAUCCUGCCAUGCUCCACGCCUAGCCAUCACCUGCGGGACGGGAGUGCUCUUCCUGGCUCCGUGAAUGUUGGGUCUGGCUUCCUCAGUGCAGCCCCAAAGCCCUUCCCCUUGGAGCUGUCUGACCUGCAGGAGCUGUGGGACGAUCUCUGUGAAGAUUAUUUGCCACUUCGGGUACAGGUUGAGAAUCUGCUUGAAGACCACGAGCAGCCGACUCAGAGUGACCCUGUGGCGAGUGGGCGAGUGUCUGAGCUGCAGGGCAGCAUCCAGCAGUACGAGGCCACCACCAAGUUGCUGCAGGAGAAGCUAGAUGAGCUGAAUUUUGAAUUAAACUCUGUCCAGAAAGCAUCGCAGAGACAAGAGCGUACGAUCCAGAGCCUGAGCGAGGCCCUGCGGAGCAGAGAGCGUGAGACAGAGGAGCUGUACCAGGUGAUUGACAGGCAGAAUGAGGCCAUGGCCAAACUACAGGACACGUUACAGAGAAGCCAGCUGGGGCACUUGCAGGCCUCGGAGGGUCCACCCCCUUCCCAGCAGCAGCUGGCACUGCUAGAUCUGCAGAACACGCUCUUCUGCACCCAGCUGGAGGUGCAGAAGCUGCAGAGGGCUCAGCGGCAGAAGGAACACCAACUGGCUGAAGCCAGGAGAGCUACCCAGCUCCUGGAGGCUGAUGUGCAGGAGGAACAGCAGCUGAAAGAGGUGUCCUGGAAACACAACCAGGAGCUGCGCAAGUCUGUGCAGCAGGCACAAGCAGAGCUGCAGGGCCAGGCUCAGCAGCUGCAGGCUCUGGAGGGGGAGAGGUGCCGUGAGAUCCGGGCCCAGGAGCAGCGCGUUCAGCAUUUGAGCCAGAGGCUGGCUCACAAGGAGCAGCUUCUGCAGGAAUCCAGGGAACUGCUGCAGCACUGGCAGAGCGCAGAGAAGAGCCCCGCGGGGACCGGUGCGAUGCUGGAGAAGCUGCAGCAGCGCAUCAGAGACCGAGAUGCUGCUCUGGAGCGAGGAAUCGAUGAGCGGUUCUGUGCCCUGGAGGAGAAGGAGCGAGAGCUGCAGAAGCUGCAUCUCUGCGUGAGAGAGCGGGAGCACGACCUGCAGAGGCUGCGCGACGUCCUGUCCAGCAAUGAGGCCACCAUGCAGAGCAUGGAGAGCCUGCUGAAAGCCAAGGCGCUGGAGCUGGAGCAAGCCUCAGCAGCCUGCCAGACCCUCCAGCAGCUGAAAGAGGAGGUGGAGGCAAAGUCCAGCUGCUGGCAGAAGGAGCAGGAGGGGAUAAUGCAGCAGCUGCAGACCUCGCUGCACGACAGGAACAAGGACGUGGAGGAGCUCACAGCGACCUUGCUCCGCAAGCUGGGCCCCGGGCAGCGGGAGGUUGUGGAGGAGCUGUGCGUGCGCCUGCAGCGGAAGGAGAGGCUGCUGCAGGGUCUCCUGUGUGGGGAGCAUGAGGCUGAACUUGGGGAGCUGUUCCGAGCCAUGAGCGCCCGGGAGCAGCGAAGCCGGGUGGCUGCUGGGAAGCUGGUGCAGGCUCUGGCAGAGAAGAGCGACGAGGUACAAUUCCUGCGCCGGCAGCUGGCAGGGAAGAGCCCCGCGGCUGAGGACAAGCAGCCCUUCCAAGAACGACUGCCCGGAGGUGGUGGGGAUGCCACCGCUACCAGGAUCCCCAUGGGAGAGGACAGCAAGGACAGGGCGGAGAAAGGCCUGGGGGACGUGGCUGCCGAGCUGGAGAAGGAGCUGGCUAGCGCCCGCGAGGACCUGGCGCUAAUGGCAAGAAAGGAGAGGGAAAGCAGGGUGGAGGUCUCUGCCCUUCGCUCUGCGGUGAGCGCGCAGGAGAAGGAGCUGCAGGUGCAGGCCUCGGACAUCGAGUCCCUGACCCGGAGCGUCCAGAGCAAAGAGGACCUCAUCAAGGACCUGCAGAUGCAGCUGGUUGACCCCGAAGAAGUCCCUGCCAUGGAGCGGCUCACCCAGGAAGUGCUGGUGCUGCGGGAGAAAGUAGCCACGCAGGGGAGCAGAAGGCAGCAGCUGAUGCUGAUGCUGGAGGGGCUGGUGGCGGAGCGGAGCGGUCUGAACGAAGCUCUGCAAGCAGAGAGGCAGCUGUACAGCAGUCUGGUGAAGUCCCACGCGCCCCCGGACAGCCCUGAGCAAGGCCAGAGUCUGCGGGUGGAGCUGGAGAGGGCCCAGGCGCUCAGCGCACGGCUGGAAGAGGCUCUUGGCAGGAGCGAGGAGCGUUUGCACAGGCUGGAGACCCUGGGCGCCUUUGGAGGUGGGGAGCAGGAGAGUGUGCGAGUCCUACCCCGGCAUGCCUUCUGAGCUGGCCUUCAGCCUGCCCCUGCCCAUGGAAACGGCCUCUAACCCUCAGGCCUGGCUGCUCCGCUGGCCGGGAGACUUGUUACUAAUGGUGCGUGUAGAGCGGCUGUGGAGCCCCGUGCCUGUCUCUGAGCCUGUCUCUGAGCCUGCCGUGUGGGGCACGAAGUGUCUGCACAUUUGAGUCAUUCCGCUCCCUGCUCUCCUCUCCCGCCGGCCCAAUAAAGACUCCCUCCCCGCCCCUCCCUCGCAAAGCGCUGGUAAAGGUUCUGUGCCAUCUCACA